GCGCGCCGGGGAGGAUCCCUCCCUCCUGCCCUCCUGGCGAUCUAGUGCUUGCCUUUCUAGAUCCUCCACCUAGCAGAGAUCCAAAGAGCUAACACCUUCAAGGGGGCGCGGCAGGGACCAUCUAGGGUGCGGGGUGCCCGGAGCCCGGAACGGUGACCGGUCCAAGGGACCAACGGGAGAGUAGAUCCACGGAUCUGGAAAAAGGACUGGAGAAGCACCCGGAGCAGACGUGAAACUGACCCGGACUAGGGCAAAAAAUUGCCUGACUCCGGGUGCAGCGGCUCUGCGGGCUCGGGUGUCCUCUGGCGGCUCCUGGAGCAGGUGAACCGUUCAUCACUCCGGUGCCGAGCCCUCUAGCGAUUUCGCCCGGCCCGGCCCGGCCGGCAGCCAUGGGCCCCGGCCCUCGCCGCGCGCCCCGGGACCCUGGCUGGAUGCUCCGCGCCCUGGCCUUGAUGGUGGCAGCUAUCGGCCGGGUCGCCUUUGCCUUCAACCUGGACACCCGAUUCCUGGUGGUGAAGGAGGCGGUGAACCCCGGUAGCCUCUUCGGCUACUCGGUCGCCCUCCAUCGGCAGACUGAGCGACAGCAGCGCUACCUCCUUCUGGCCGGUGCUCCCCGGGACCUCGCUGUGGAUGACAGCUACACCAACCGGACUGGUGCUGUGUACCUGUGUCCCCUCACUGCCCUCAAGAACGAUUGUGAACGGAUGGAGAUUUCAGAGAGAAGUGACCCUGACCAUCACAUUAUUGAGGACAUGUGGCUUGGAGUGACGGUGGCCAGCCAGGGCCCUGCGGGCAGAGUCCUGGUCUGUGCCCAUCGAUACACCAAGGUGCUGUGGUCUGGGCUAGAAGACCAGCGGCGCAUGGUGGGCAAGUGCUAUGUGCGUGGCAACGACCUACAGCUCGACCCUGGCGAUGACUGGCAGACAUACCACAACGAGAUGUGUAACAGCAACACUGACUACUUGCAGACUGGCAUGUGCCAGCUGGGCACCAGCGGUGGCUUCACCCAGAACACUGUAUACUUCGGUGCCCCUGGUGCCUACAACUGGAAAGGAAACAGCUACAUGAUUCAGCGGAAGGACUGGGAUUUAUCUGAAUAUAGCUACAGGGGCUCAGAGGACCAGGGAAACCUCUAUAUUGGGUACACGGUGCAGGUAGGCAGUGCCGUCCUACAUCCCACGGAAAUCACUGUUGUGACGGGCGCUCCACGGCACCGGCAUAUGGGUGCCGUCUUCUUGCUGAAACAAGAGUUAGGUGGAGACCUGCAGAGGAAGCAGGUGCUGAAGGGCACGCAGGUGGGCGCUUAUUUUGGCAGUGCCAUUGCCCUGGCAGACCUGAACAAUGAUGGGUGGCAGGACCUCCUGGUGGGUGCUCCCUACUACUUUGAACGGAAAGAGGAGGUAGGGGGUGCCGUCUAUGUCUUCAUGAACCAGGCGGGCACGUCCUUCCCUGACCAACCUUCCCUCCUGCUUCAUGGCCCCAGUCGCUCUGCCUUUGGCAUCUCUGUAGCCAGCAUUGGUGACAUCAACCAGGACGGAUUCCAGGACAUUGCUGUAGGAGCUCCAUUUGAAGGCUUGGGCAAAGUAUACAUCUACCACAGCAGCUCCGGGGGGCUCCUCAGGCAGCCCCAGCAGAUAAUCCAUGGAGAGAAACUAGGACUGCCUGGCUUGGCCACCUUCGGCUACUCUCUGAGUGGGAAGAUGGAUGUGGAUGAAAACUCAUACCCAGACCUGCUAGUAGGAAGCCUGUCAGACCACAUUGUGCUGCUGCGGGCCCGACCUGUCAUCAAUAUCCUCCAUAGGACCUUGGUGGCCAGGCCAGCUGUGUUGGACCCCUCGCUUUGUACAGCUACUUCCUGUGUUCAGGUGGAGCUGUGCUUUGCCUACAACCAGAGCGCUGGGAACCCCAACUACAGGCGGAACAUCACCCUGGCCUACACACUGGAGGCUGACAGGGACCGACGCCCUCCCAGGCUCCGAUUUGCCCGCAGCCAGUCGUCUGUCUUCCAUGGCUUCUUCUCCAUGCCAGAGACACAUUGCCAGACACUGGAGUUACUGCUGAUGGACAAUGUUCGUGAUAAACUCCGUCCUAUCGUCAUUGCCAUGAACUACUCCUUACCUUUGCGCAUGCCCGAUCGCCUCAAGCUGGGCUUGCGGUCUCUGGAUGCCUACCCAGUCCUCAACCAGGCACAGGCUAUGGAGAAUCACACUGAGGUCCACUUUCAGAAAGAGUGCGGGCCAGACAACAAGUGCGACAGCAACCUGCAGAUGCGAGCAGCCUUCGUGUCUGAGCAGCUGCAGCCUCUAAGCAGGCUCCAGUACAGCAGAGACACUAAGAAACUCUUCUUGAGCAUCAAUGUGACCAAUUCGCCGAGCCGCCAACGGGCUGGGGAAGACGCUCAUGAGGCGCUACUCACCCUAGAGGUGCCAUCCUCUCUGCUACUGUCCUCAGUGCGCCCGUCUGGGACCUGCCAAGCUAAUAAUGAGACCAUCUUGUGUGAGCUAGGAAACCCCUUCAAACGGAACCAGAGGAUGGAGCUGCUCAUUGCCUUUGAGGUCAGCGGGGUAACCUUGCACACGAGGGACCUUCAGGCACGUCUACAACUAUCCACGUCAAGUCACCAGGACAACUUGGAGCCCGUGCUCCUGACUCUGCAGGUGGACUACACCCUCCAGGCCUCCCUCAGCUUGAUGAACCAUCGGCUGCAGAGCUUCUUUGGUGGGACAGUGAUGGGUGAGGCUGCCAUGAAAACUGUGAAGGAUGUGGGAAGCCCCCUGAAAUAUGAAUUCCAGGUGAGCCCAGUGGGAGAUGGGCUGGCAGCCUUGGGCACACUGGUUCUAGGUCUGGAGUGGCCCUAUGAAGUUACCAAUGGCAAGUGGCUGCUGUACCCCACAGAGAUCACCAUCCAUAGCAAUGGGUCCUGGCCCUGCCGGCCAUCUGGAAACCUUGUCAACCCUCUCAACCUUACUCUCUCUGACGCUGGAGUCAAGCCACUGUCCCCACAGCGCCGGCGGAGGCAACUGGACCCAGGGGGAGACCAGGGUUCCGCGCCUGUCACGUUAGCUGCUGCCAAAAAAGCCAAGUCUGAGACUGUGUUGACUUGUUCCAAUGGCCGCGCCCGCUGCGUGUGGCUGGAGUGUCCCCUUCCCGAUUCCUCCAACGUUACCAAUGUGACCGUGAAGGCACGGGUGUGGAAUAGCACCUUCAUUGAGGACUACAAAGACUUUGACAGAGUCAGAGUAGAUGGCUGGGCUACCCUGUUCCUGAGAACCAGCAUCCCUUCCAUCAACAUGGAGAACAAGACCACAUGGUUCUCAGUGGACAUUGACUCAGAGCUGGUGGAGGAGCUGCCGGCUGAGAUCGAGCUGUGGUUGGUGCUUGUGGCCGUGGGUGCUGGGUUGCUGCUGCUGGGGCUCAUCAUCAUCCUGCUGUGGAAGUGCGGCUUCUUCAAGCGAGCCCGCACUCGUGCCCUGUAUGAAGCUAAGAGGCAGAAGGCUGAGAUGAAGAGCCAGCCGUCAGAGACAGAAAGGCUGACCGACGACUACUGAGGGGGCAGUCCCCCUGCCCCGGCUCACCCGGUGUGACUUCUUUAAGCCAACCCGCUACUACCGGAUUAUGCCCAAGUACCAUGCAGUACGUAUCCGGGAGGAGGACCGCUACCCACCUCCAGGGAGCACGCUACCCACCAAGAAGCACUGGGUCACCAGCUGGCAGAUUCGGGACCGAUACUACUGAUUGCCUUCCCUGACAAACCUCUCAGCGCUCCCUUCCUUCCUAUUUAUCAUAAAUUAUGACUCCAACAGUCCAAAAGGGACCAUACACUCGGCUGGCACCAGCAGGCUCAGGCAUCUAUCCCUCUUCAGUGCAGGCAUGUCUUCUGGGGCCCUGGAAUCUCCUUCAAGACCUUGCAAUGCUGAGCAGAGUACAGCCCUGCACACUGAACACACACACACAAGGCCUACUGCUAAUGGCCUGUUUUGAUAGACCAUGGAGGGUGCCAUGUCCAAGUCUUUGUCUGUGCCAAAAGCAAACCAAAGCGCCUCCACUGGGAGACAGGAGGAAAAGUUCCCUGAUGUGGUGACACCUCUCCUCCACACUGGAUCCCCCUUGAGCCAUUGUCACUGGACAGAGUUCACUGUCCAGAAUAAAACUACUGACAAGGAGGAGACAGUCAAGCCCAGCUGCAAUUCCUGGCAUGCACUGGAGCGCAGGGCCACACUAAAGGCUACCCAGGGGAUGUUCUUAUGACCUGCGUGCUCGGACCCAAGAGCGAUGAACUAGAAAGCAGGUCCCCAGAAUGGGCUUUAUGAGUGGCUCUCUAAAAUUGUGGCUACAGAUAGAGUUGGCAAGAAACGCAGCCCAAAGGAACAAUGAGAAACCGUGGGCAGCCUGGGACACACUGUGCUGGGACUGACCUGGAGCACGGUGGCAUCCUCCAGAGAGCAGGGUCGUGGCGCAGCAGACGUUGGGAGGGUGAAGAGGAGAGACUUCUGAUCCAUCCUGACCACCUCAGCCUGGGCAAGGCCUGGAGAUCCCCACAAGACCACGUGGGGUGUGAUACUUGAAUGUAGGGCAGGGGAGGGCCCAGCCCCUGCCCCAGUUGGCCAGACUUAACUCUGCUCCCUUGAGCACAGAGAUACAUUCUGAGCUGCCUGUGGCUUUCUGAGAAACCUAGCCCUUCCCCUCUCCUAGGAGCUGCAUCCCCAUACUAGCAGUGGAGGCUGCUUUCUCAGGUCCUCUCCACAUCCCUGACCACAGGCAGCCCCACUCCCCUGCUCUGUCCCCUCCACCCCACGGUACUACAACAACUUCCCCCAUCCUGUGCCUUCUUUGUAUAUGGGCUUCUCACUAAAAUAAAUAAAAACAGUUCCCAGUUUGUA